AUGGCGACCACCGGAGGUGGCUUCUGGUUGCUGUAUGAAGGAAGCAUAUCUUGUUACGACAACAGUGUUGAACAUCGACCUUACCACCGUAAAUGUGGUUGUCCACUUCAUAAUAAAAACUCACGUAUCAACUACAAUCACAAGCUUCCAAGGUGUAACAGCACUGUUUCAUUUCCAAUGAAGAGGAAGCGGAUCAGUUUGGUCUUGAUGACUUCUGUUGGAGAAGGAGGAGGAAGAACCGAAUCACAUGCUUUUUUUAUUGAUUCAAGGUUUGAUAAGAAUUAA